AUGGAUGUCCCUAUCCACACACCUCUAAUUCUGUUUGUCUACAUUCUGUCCUUCGUGACUGGAGUACCAUCAAACAUCCUGGCGUUUUACACAUUCCUUGUCAAGGUUCGCCAGAAACCAUCACCUGUAGGGAUUUACCUCCUCAACCUCACAAUCUCUGACUUGCUACUUCUCUUUUUUCUACCUUUCAAGAUGGUGGAGGUGGCAUCGGGGAUGCAAUGGCCAAUGCCUUAUUUUCUGUGUCCCAUUGUGGUCUUGGUAUAUUUCUGCAGUAUUUACAUUAGUACACUGUUUCUUACGGCAGUGAGUGUUGAGCGAUAUCUUGGAGUAGCUUAUCCCAUGAAGUACAAAGUAAACAGAAAAUCUGUCUAUACAAUUUGGACCUGUGUUUUCAUUUGGAUCUUCAGUACUCUGCAAGGAAGUGUUUCAUUUUUUGUCUUGGAAUUUUUGCCAAGUAACGAGAGCAGCCAAGGAAAAUGUUACCAAACAUUCUCCGAAAACCAGCUUAAAGUCCUGAUGCCAUUCCGAUUGGAAGGCAGUCUAGUGUUAUUCUGCCUCCCUUUUCUCAUAACUAUCUUCUGCUACCUUAAUUUUGUGAGGUUACUAAUGUCCAUGCCAAAGAUUGGGGGGAAGAAAAAGUAUCGAGCUAUAGGCCUAGCGGUGGCCACUCUUUUCAAUUUUACCAUAUGUUUUGCACCCUAUAACAUUUCUCAUAUCGUUGGUUUCAUACAGAAUAAAAGUCCACGAUGGAGAGUCUAUGCCUUACUGCUGAGCACCCUCAAUGCCAGCCUAGAUCCCAUUAUCUUUUAUUAUUCGUCUACAGCCAUCCAGAGAGUGUUUUUAAAAUUCUUGACUAAAUUAAAAUGUAAAUUAUGUAGGAGCACAGAAAAGACAUCAGCUGUAAGAAAGUAUCCAGCUGCGGUUUCACAGUCUUCAAAUAUCAAUACAUUUUCCUGA